UCUCAGUGCAGCUAAAAAGAAUAAACCCAUUAUUAAAUGGACAGUCUCUUCUGGUCUCUUCACAGGAAUAAAAAAAAUACAAACUCCACAGUGGUGCAGAUUUAUUAUGAGUCUCUCUGUUUGGUGAUCACACACACAUGCAAGAAUUGCCUUUAGAUACAAGAACUUUAAUAAUGGCGUCUCCUCGGCCCAAGUCACCUCGUACUCCAAUUUCUAAGAAAGAUGAGAAAGAAGAAAGUUUUUGGGAUAAAAUUGGAACUCUCGGGAGAAAAAAACGCAUUAAGGAAGUACAAGAAGUGCAAGAAGAAGGAAAAUAUGCAAUUGAUUCACCUGGGUAUGCUGCCAAUCCCGAUAUGCCACCAGAGGAUUAUGCUCUUGACGAGAAUGAAGAACGUUCCAUGAUAGAACCGAAAUCUUUGGAAGAUCCUAAGAUACAAGAGUUGAUAUUCGUAUUAAUCGAAUGGAUCAAUGACGAAUUAGCGGAUCAGCGAAUUAUUGUGAAGGAUAUAGUAGAAGAUUUAUAUGAUGGACAAGUGUUACAAAAACUUUUGGAAAAACUGACUGGAGAGAAACUGGAUGUACCUGAAGUGACUCAGUCUGAGGAAGGGCAAAAACAAAAGCUUGCUGUCGUCUUGUCUGCUGCAAAUCGAGUGCUAGGCCGAUAUCCGCCUUACAAGUGGAGCGUCGAAUCUGUACAUUCAAAAAAUAUUGUUGCAAUUUUGCACUUACUGGUUGGCCUAGCCCGAUUGUUUCGCGCUCCUGUUAGAUUGCCAGAAAGAGUUUCCGUUCAAGUGGUUGUGGUUCGUAAAAAGGAUGGUCAGCUGAUACACAGGACAGUGAGAGAAGAACUGACGACAACGUACGACGAUUUGGGUAUGCGUUGUGAGCGCGAUGCGUUUGACACUCUUUUUGACCACGCGCCGGAUAAACUAGCUGUUGUGAAGAAAUCUUUGAUAACAUUCGUAAAUAAGCACUUGAGCAAAGUACAUUUGGAAGUGACUGACUUGGAUACUCAAUUCCAUGAUGGUGUAUUCCUUACUUUACUGCUUGGUCUUUUAGAAGGCUUCUUUGUUCCAUUGGGUAGCUUCCAUUUGACUCCAAAGACCAUUGAUCAGAAAGUGCAUAAUGUUUCGUUCGCAUUUGAUAUUAUGCGGGAUAUCGGUUUACCGAAACCUAAAGCCCGUCCCGAAGAUAUCGUAAAUCUGGAUCUGAAAUCUACUCUUCGCGUGCUAUACAAUCUCUUUACAAAAUACAAGGGGAUAAAUUAGUAAGAUAUACGUACUCAGUUGGUCUCAUGUGCAAAUGUCGCGUUAUUAUAAUUAAUAUUUUAAUUACAUUAACAUUUUUUAUGUUAUUCUGUCAUUGAACUGCCAUUACGAAGUUAUUUACACAAAGUGUUCAAUAUAGAUUUCAUUUUUAGACUUUGCUACAUUCUUUUUUCUCUAAAGUAUGAACAUAUGUAAAUAUUAUAUAUUUUUUUAAAUCAGGCAAAUAAAAACAAAAAAAGGAUACAACUAAAUAGGAGAAUCUAUACACAUUGUAAGCUUUAAAUAACGUGCCUUUUUAUAUAUGUAUAAUGUAUAAUAUAGUAUUUUAUAAAUAAUAUUUAUUUAUCACAUUUGUGAACUGUAUUGAUGUUUUCUAAAUAACUAUAUUAAUAAAUAUUUUAAUAAAUUU